AUGGCCAUCUCGAAUAUGGCCGAAAUGGAAGAGCUGUUUGGUCAGCUGAAGGGAGUCGAGCUAGACCGGGCUGCUCAGGCCGAGGCAUUGUCUGAGGCCGGCGACGAAGAUGGUCUGGCCCAAAUGCCAGUUCGGCUGCCACAGGGCGUCAUCAGCAGCAUCGAGAAGCGUUUGACACAUCUUCGACUCCACGUACCAUUCACUAAGCGUCGGAUCAAGCGACUCACACUGCGCUGGGGCCUCACUUCUCGGGUGAGUCGAAGUGACGAGAUCUGCGUCAACACUGGCUAUACAGUUCUGGACUGA